AUGAGCCUGCGUGAGCCAUCCCUCAGUGUCCCUAAUGCGGAAGGUGUACCGCGUCUCACAGAUGUUGCCUUAUUUCUCUGCGGAAAAGCCAUUGCCGCUGCCUGGUCUCCUGUUAUUACUGCAGAUUCACGUGCAGCAGAGACCAUAGUCACAUGGUAUCUUCAACGCGUGGCCUUUAUGCAUGAAAGUACACCAAAUGAAACUAGUGAGACUCACAGUAAGAAUACAACGACAACAGUGGAAGAGACUCAAGAUAGCGGUGAGGCGAAUUUUUCUGUUGCGUUCAGUGCACUCUGUCGUGGUCCACCGAGUGAGAGAGAUUCACAUGGACGGACUUCAUCACAACAGCGACAACGCUCAUCUUCUAUACCUACAGUGUUUGGUUUUUCAGAACGUUUGGCAUCCCCCACAUCGCCAAUACCAACAACUGCAGGAACUACAUUCACAUCAACCACAACAACAACAACAACAGCAACAGGAACAACAACAGCAGGGUGGAGUGUACAAUCUAUAAUGGAUGAGAAUGAGAGUAGGAGAGCAUUUGCUAUUUUUGAAGAACUUCUAGAACUCUGUCGUGAUGUUGGAAGUAGUGAUGUUCGUGACGAAUUUCUCCGUCGUAUUAUUAUGGUUCUCCGAGUAGAUAUCCGGCCGACGAUGCGAUUACCGCAACCAUUUUGGUCAACCAAGAGUCAUGAAGAACGUGGUUCAAUCAUUCUCUCAUCUCUCUCAACAUUAUUUGGUGGACUCAAGGAACUUUCGCCUGUUCGUGCAGCGGGAAGUAUUACACAAGCAUUUAGUCUGUGGAUGGGAGUAAGUUGGAACUGUGCAUCUUUUAAUUGGCAAGUAUAUGUGGCUCAGGAGACUGGUCGUUGGCUUGCGGAUCUUGAGGUUCAAUUAGGAGGAAUAUUAGCAGCCAAUGCAGAUGCAUAUGGAGGUUCAAGACAAAAUGUCAGACCUCCACAGAGACCAAAAUCUAACAAGAAUAAUAGUGGUUGUACAUUACCAAAGAGUUUUUAUCCUGCGAUUGAAAAUAAACGAGAACUUAAUCUUGCCAGUAUGUAUGCUGCGAUGCGUCAAAUUUCUGAAACUCGAUCCUUGGAAAAGAGGAGUACAUUAGAAUUACUUAUGCAGAGUAGGUUUAGCUUGCAAAUUCCUGAUCAUAAUUUUUUGGAACAUAUGAUUAAUGAUCAAGUAUCUGGUUUUGCAGUACAUGAUACACAACAGUCACAUCAUUCUGUUCUUUUGAGAAUAACAAGUGGGGUACUUCUCUAUGCACAGUUUUAUCUUUCAGUACGAUCAUUAGAAGCAGCUCUACACUGUGCACAUAUGGCUGUUCUUGUAGGACAUCAAUGGUCUUCUAAUGAAUUCCUUACUAUGGCUCAUUAUAGUAGUUUUCUUGUACAUUUUGCAUGUCAAGAUACUCCUGCAGCUGCGGGAGAUAUUGCUAUUAUGUUGCAAUUAGCAGAUGCUGCUUCACAUAGAGAUAAUGAUACAGAUAAUGAUGUUAAUAUGCCUCGUCAUCAUGCUGGAUGCUUAGGAUAUAUGGGAGCAGCACUUCUUCUACUUAUUUCUCCUGGUACCGUUGAUACUUAUUUGCGAUCUGUUAUUGUAACUGGUAUUCUAUUCGGAAAUUCUAGCUCCUCUGAUGUAGCAGCCAGUGCUGGUGUUGGUGGUGGUGGGAACAGCGGCAAUAAUAAUAAUAAUAAUAAUAAUAAUAAUAAUAAUAACAAUAAUAAUAUCGGUAAUAUCAAUAACAGAAAUAAUUCUGGUAAUAGUGUACAAAAUGUGGCUGUUUCUGCUGGUGGUGGUCACUCUGUGGUCGUUCAGACCGUUGCACAGACCGUUCGACAUGCAUUGUGGCUUUCCGAAAUGGAGGCCUUUCUUGAUCCUUCCUCCACUGUAGUGACGGAGAUGAUUACGGGAGUUGCAAGGGAAACUAUGAUGAUUAUCGCCGGACAUUAUGGUGUUCGUUCUUCCUCUAAACCUAUAAAUGCCAAUUCGCUUGGAAACAUGCUAAAACAACUGGAUGAGGAAGUUUCUAUUAAGUCAUCACUUUUAUCGUACAAGCCACCUGUAUUACUUUUACAAGAAGCCAUACGGCAAACUGCGCAUCGUGCAUUGGCUGCUCAAGUAGGUACUGCAGAUGCUCCACCUGGUGCUGGACCAUUUAGUAUCCUACAGGAUUUUUUUAUUGCAGUGGAAACUCAUUAUGGAGAAGAAGGAACAAAAGUUGUACAGAAACACUUUUUCUAUGUAUCAACGUACCGUUUUAUCUGCGCUAUGUGGCUUCGUAAUCAUGGGUAUAUUAAAUCAGCUUAUCAAGAACUAACACGACUUGGGGAGAGCAUACUAUUUCACAGUUGUUCUACAGCUGGUGGAGAGAAUAUCUCAUUAUCAUCAUCGUCGUCAUUACCUACAACAACAACAACAACAACAAAUACAACAUCAGGAGCAGCAACAGUAACAGCAGAGAAUAUAUUAGAGAAUGGUACCUCCUCUGAUAAUGAUGGGGUAAUGAAAAAGACUGGUUUACAGUACUGGCCACCGGAUCACUUGCUUCUAUGGCAACAUGUUCAAUUUGAGCGAGCUCAGUUAGCGUACUAUCUUGGUUACUCCUCCACACUACCUGAAAUGAGUGAAGCUUUACGACGUGUGAGUGCGGCGAGUCACUUUGUGAUGGGUGUACUGUACGCUGAUCUUAUAUCUGCGAUGAUGUGUUCGCAGCGUGGGAAUCACUUAGCGGCUCUUGAAGCACUUGAUAAGAUCUCCCACAGUGCAGAUACGAUUGGAUUGACGUUAGUGCAGGCCCAUGCGGAGCUGCGGCGAGUCUCUGUUCUCCUGCACCUUUGCCGUUGGCGUGAUGCUCUCGAUGCCCUUCGCCGACUGCGGCCUUUGCCGUUGGUGUUGCAGCGCUGGUGUCUUUUUGCGCAGCUGCACGCCCGCGGCGAGUUGUUGCUUGCGUGUCCAACAGCCACGGAGGAUGAACUCGCGGCGUUAGUGCAGCACUACGUGGAUCGCAUGGAGGCCUGCGGCUGUUUUCUCAGCGAAGUGCAGCAGGAGGACUCUGUGGGCAUUACGCUGGCGGAGAAGUUGUGCAUCCACGCGUGUGUGUCGCGUCUCUCCUUGACACUCGCCGCAUCGCAGCAGCAGGCGUGGGAGUCGGCGGUGUGUGGCGUUGCGGCGGAGUUGCGGCGGCGGCAGUUGCAGGAGGGGCGGUGGUUGAUCUUCAGCAAUACAUCGAUGCCACUCGUCUGCCGCGAUGUACUCAGUGGGGCCAUGCUGCAGAGAUUACACCAGGCACAGUGUGAAGGAUAA